AUGCCUCCCCCGGAAAAACCCUCUACAGAGAAGACUAGAUCAAUGAGUGACAGUGGCAUUUUGAGUUCAUCGAGUAGUCAACUGGAAAACCUUGUUAAGGAAAUGGGUGAGUUUCGUGAGGAAUCAAAGAAGGAAAUGCGUGAAUUUCGUGAGGAAUCAAAAGCCAUGGGAAAGUCGAUCGAUUCUACACAUGACAAGAUAGACGAAGUAAAGGUUUUAAUUAACGCUCAACGAGAAGAUAUUGACAAGUGCCGCGACGUGAUCGAUGUUCUCAAGGUGGAGAAUUCGCAGCUACAACGUGAGCUAGAGCAAGUUAAGAAGGAGCUCUGCGAUGUGCAACAAUAUUCGCGUAGAAACACGGUUGACAUACAAGGUGUGCCCGAGAAUAAGUCCGAGAAUGUGUUUGAAGUUGUAAAGGCGGUGGCAAAAGUUCUGCGGUUCGACCUCAAGCCAGAAAUGAUUGAUGCGGUGCACAGACCCGCGGGCGGUAGCGGCGCGUCGAGACCACGGGGCAUUAUUCUCAAGUUUGUUCGGCGCGGGGACUGUGAUGAGCUGUUGCGGCUUGCGAAAGUCAAGCGUGGGUUUCCAGCAUCAUAA